AUGGGACUCACUUACCGUACUUACCUUGAAGGAAGUUCGACUAUUUAUGGUUGUCUUAAAUGUAAAACACAUCUUUCUACUUCUGACGCCAUCAUAUCAAGACAAUUUCAUGGACAACAUGGUCAAGCAUAUUUGUUUGAAUCUGUAGUAAACGUUAAAUAUGGAAAAGCAGAGGAUAGAGAUAUGACAACCGGAUUACAUAGAGUUAGAGAUAUAUACUGUACACAGUGCUCAACAUUACUUGGUUGGACUUAUGUCAAGGCAUAUAGUAGCGAAAAUAAAUAUAAAGAAGGAAAGUUUAUUCUCGAAAAGAAACUAUUAACGGAUUUAUCGGCAAGGAUAUACAUCGAAAGCCGUGAUCUUGUUUAA